CACGUACAACUCCGGUCAUUAUUAUAAUACCUGCUUGCUCCUGCUCCUCAGCCUCAUUCCAACCUCAACCAAGCAAACUUGCAGGUGGUGAUCAUUCUCUCUCUCUUUCGUAAGUAAAAUCAGAAAUCAAUCAUCAUGUGUGACGACGAUGUUGCCGCUCUUGUCAUCGACAACGGAUCCGGUAUGGUGAAGGCCGGAUUCGCCGGAGACGAUGCCCCAAGGGCCGUCUUCCCAUCCAUCGUUGGCAGACCCCGUCAUCAGGGUGUCAUGGUCGGUAUGGGACAGAAGGACAGCUACGUCGGAGACGAGGCCCAGAGCAAGAGAGGUAUCCUCACCCUGAAGUACCCCAUCGAGCACGGUAUCGUCACCAACUGGGACGAUAUGGAGAAGAUCUGGCAUCACACCUUCUACAAUGAACUCCGUGUUGCCCCAGAGGAGCACCCCGUCCUCCUUACCGAGGCUCCCCUCAACCCCAAGGCCAACAGGGAAAAGAUGACACAGAUCAUGUUCGAGACCUUCAACUCACCCGCCAUGUACGUCGCCAUCCAGGCUGUGCUUUCCCUCUACGCCUCUGGUCGUACCACUGGUAUCGUUUUCGACUCUGGUGAUGGUGUUUCACACACAGUGCCCAUCUACGAGGGUUACGCCCUUCCCCACGCCAUCCUCCGUCUGGACUUGGCUGGACGUGAUCUCACAGACUACCUGAUGAAGAUCCUUACCGAGCGUGGAUACUCUUUCACCACCACCGCUGAGCGUGAAAUCGUUCGUGACAUCAAGGAGAAGCUCUGCUACGUUGCUCUUGACUUUGAGCAGGAGAUGCAGACUGCUGCCUCAUCCUCCUCCCUCGAGAAGAGCUACGAGCUUCCCGACGGACAGGUCAUCACCAUUGGCAACGAGCGAUUCCGUUGCCCAGAGGCCCUCUUCCAGCCAGCCUUCCUUGGAAUGGAAUCUGCUGGAAUCCACGAGACCUGCUACAACAGCAUCAUGAAGUGCGAUGUUGACAUCCGUAAGGAUCUGUACGCCAACACUGUUCUGUCUGGAGGCUCCACCAUGUUCCCAGGAAUCGCCGACAGGAUGCAGAAGGAGAUCACCGCCCUUGCCCCACCAACCAUGAAGAUCAAGAUCAUCGCUCCUCCAGAAAGGAAAUACUCCGUAUGGAUCGGAGGCUCCAUCCUUGCCUCUCUCUCCACCUUCCAACAGAUGUGGAUCAGCAAGCAGGAAUAUGAUGAGUCCGGCCCAUCCAUCGUCCACAGGAAGUGCUUCUAAACAACUCGCUUUUGUUCUACAUCUGUUGAGCACAAUAACGAACUCAUGGGGGUGGGGUAAAUGGGUCGCCUUUACCGUGUGGCUAACUCUUUGGACAGUCGGGUCUAUUAGAAAUUAUCUAGCUAUCCAUCUCUGAUAAUAGUCCAAUCAAGGCUAUUUAUUACUCAAAUCUCUGACAAUAAUGGCGAUUUUUGUGCUAGUAUUGGUGACCACUUUACCGGUUUGUACCAAUUACAAAUUGGUUUGAACGAAUCCGCCUCCAAUUACGCAAAGUAAAGAGAGAGAAAGAUUGGGAGAAAAAACGUUUGCUAUAUCUUCUGGUUCGAGGUUGGCAAUGAAGAUUAAUCAACAAUCCAAACUUUAUACAAAAUUGGAAAUUAGAUAGUUCCCUUUUUAGUGACAAUCCUAGUUCUAAAACUUGUUUUAGCCAAGUUGACCCGUGCUCCCACGGAAAAACGACGGCAACGGCACAUGAUUUUGUACCUUCGUAUUUAUAAAUUAAAGUUAAAUUAGAGAAAGUUAUGAUUGCAUUAUAAUCUUGAAAAGAAAUGUUAAAGAAAUCUAUGAUACAUAAUGAUGAAAAAAAGAAAUGCACGUUCAACUUUGGAUCAUGCAUAUUUUUGUUUAUGUACACUGUAUAUAUUUUGUAACUCUAAAAAAAAGAAAAAAGAAACAACUGCAGUUCUCCACAUGAGAAUGCAAUAAAAAAGCAGUACUAAGUAUGCU